CCCCUCCUUGUCAAGCAUCCAUGGCAGCAUCCGCUCUCCAACCUCCAUAGCCGCAGAUCCGCUCUCCUUCAUCUCCGAUCGCUUCUACCUAAUGAUUGCCCACCUCCAGGUCCCGAUCAUCGCCGUAUAAUUCUCGACGUCCGUGCUUCUUCUGUUCCCAUUACUUCCACCCAGAUUGCUUCCGAUUGCCUACUCAGUAAAGACGAUGAUCCUCUUUUUAGCCCAUGUAGCGGUUUAGAUGGUUGUAGGGGCUUCUUUUAAAGCUGGGAUGAUGUCGAGCGACGAAGUUCUGAAGGCCGUUUUCCCUUUGCUGGAUGUGAAGGACCUUGCCCGGUGUAUGGAAGUCUGUAAGCAAUGGAGAGACAUCGCGAAAGAUGAUUACUUCUGGAAGUGCCUUUGUGCAAGGAGAUGGCCUUCGAUCUGCAAACGCCCGAAUCCUACUCUGACCUAUUAUAAGCUCUACCAAACUUUCUACAAGCGCCAGAAACGACGAAAGCUGCUUCCCCCGAGGCUUUCGUUUGAUGAUCUGGAGUUUUUCAUUGAUAUAUGGACCGACGAUCGUUUGAUCUUCUCGGAAGUCGUCCCCGGCCCUGCUCUCCUGACAGGAAUAAAAGCCCCACCUCCAGGGAUCUGCUACAUGCUCAGGUCUCACCUAGAGGGGCCACUGUACAGGAUGACUCUACCUAUCCAGCCAAGGUUCACGAUUCCUUUUGCCCAAAGUGCAAGUGUUUCAGUACUUGCCCGUCGCAAGGAUUCUAAUAGGGUUGCCUGCGUAAUGAACAAGCCGCCUUUCGAUUAUGUAGACCGGAGCUCUUGCAGGGCUCUGGCCUUCGACUACCUUGAUUUCUCCCCCCUUUACCCCUUCAUCUCCGAUACCCGAGCUUGGGUCUCUCUGUUCUUUUUAGAUGAUGGGAGUGAAGGCGUGAUGGAUGUUUUUGGGAUUGAGCUGGACUUUUGCGACGCUGCAAACUCCAAGGAAGAGGUCUUGUGGCUGUUGGACAUGCUCGAUUGGAAGUGAGGAGCUGAAAUUCGAAUGCUUCAAGAUAGUGGAACUGAAAUGAGGAUCUGAUGGUCAGUAUACAUACGCAUAUGUGUGUCCUCAGUUUCUGUUUCUUGUCGAGUCUGUACAUGGUACAUGUAUCUAAUUUAUCAAUAAAUCCACGUCUGUUGUCCUGAGAUGUCUUUCUAAAGUAUGUCCUUGUCGUGGUAUUCUGAAAUAUGUGCAGAAUAUAAAACGAGCAAGCGUGUUUGUUAAAUUUGAUCUGCUUUUCAUGGAAACUUUGCUUGCUGCCAGUUCUUUGGUGGUGUACCUGGUAAAUGUUUGGAUGUGUUUGGACAAGUUUAGUGUGGUACCUCCGGAUGUUUGCUGAUAACAGAAUAUGCUUCUUUGAA